AUGCUCAAUGUAAAGGUUGCGACCGACGCCAUCUGCCAGCAAUGCCACCGUGCCGUCGUCCCCCCAGGGCCGGCCCUGAUCCCAUGGCACGAGUACUUGUUUUGGGAGAAAGUGCAGCCACUGAAUGAUGAGGCAUUUGAUCCAUUGGCUCAUGAAUAUCCGUUGAUGCUUAAUUGGUCAGAAGAUGAGGCUAAGAAGCGUGACGCGUACGACACGUCAUAUGGCCGUGGUAAUGGGACGAUUGAUGACGUGAUAAGUGAGAAGUACAAGCAGACAUUAAUUGCUCAACAAGGAAGAAAGGCGGAGGAAGAAUUAGAGCAAGAAGAUCGUGCCCAAAAAAAGAAAGAUAAUAGAGAUGAGGCUUCAUCGAGCAGGGAUAGUACAUUAGAUCAAAUAGUAGUGGAGAAGCUGGAGAAGAAAGGUCUUGUAUUCAAGCUAAACAAGGGGUCUGAUGAUGACAUUGAGUUUGUGGAGCAUAGUGAAGACUGGGUGGGGAAGUAUGGUCCAUCAAAAUACAAGUCAUCAAAAUAUUGGACAGAUGUAAAAUCAACUCCUGCAAAAGAAGAUAUGGACAACAGGGUGGACGCAUCCUUCACCACUGGGAACGGGAAUAAAUUGGCGCGUGAGAAAGGUGUGCAUCACAACACACCUGGUACAGGAGAUGAAGGAGACCCCUUCGUUAUUGAGGACAAUGGUAAUUCACCCAACCCAUCUCUUGCGACGGUAGACACGAAUGACUUUCCGGCUGUUACUUCAACCCCCAAGAAUAUGAAUGAAGUGUCAGACGGGUCUAGCGCCGAUAAAUCUGAGGAGAUUAGUAUGGAUAGUCUGAACACCCGUAUUAAAAAUGCGAAAGAAAAUGGUACUCCGGAGAAUGAUGGGAAGGAGAAUGAUGGGAAACGCAAGAGCAAACAGUCAAAAUAUUGUCUGUUUGGUAUAAGAGCUGCUAUGAUUAAUACUGAUUACAUUAAUGAGGAUCACAUAGAGGCUGCGAAGGUUUAUAUCCGGACACUGGCAGACUCGGAGAAGCUUUGCAGCAAAACUGUCGUGCACAUGACGGGAAUUGGUUGGGAAACAUGUACACAUGAAAUGCGUGAAGCCAUCAUUUCGAAAAAGUGGUUGCAUGGCGGUGUCAUCAAUAGUUAUUGCAACCAUCGUGCUGACCGUCACAUAUUAUCAUCUUGGGUGUCCCACUGGCUUAUUCUUCGUGCUGAUGGAAAGGUUAACAACUCUAAGAGGCAUUUUAUGGAUCACUUCACAAACCAAACUAAAAUGGUGUCUAGAGUUACUGAAGAGUAUUUCAUCAAAGAUAAGGCAUACUUUCCUUUUCAUGUGGAAGAAAAUCAUUGGAUAACAGUUCUUAUGCACAACAAGAAAAAAGAGUUUCAAGUUUUAAACUCUACUGGUAAAUGCAGCAAAAGAGUUCUUGCAAAGAUUGCUAAGCUGAGGGCAGAAAUAGCAAAUGAUACAAAGGAGGUGAAUGCUCUUAUUGAAACGGAACAUCCUGUAUCAUCCUGGCCAAUAAAGGAGUACGAUAUGCCGUCACAAACAGACGGAGUCUCUUGUGGUCUUUUCGUGGUGAAAUGCGUUCAAAACUGGGACGGAGAUGAUUGGACAUUUGAGUUUGAUCAAGAUGAGGUUAAUGCUUCAAGGGGACGCAUUCUAGCUGAAAUACUUUUUUCAGAGUGCAACACGAAGGAAGUAGUGAAAGAGAAGAUCCUCAAGAUCAUGGAGAAGAAAUGA